GAGAGAAAGGUGUCGGACUCUCUCUCGCUCCACUCCAUCGUCUGAGCAGACCUCCGGCAGACAGAGAGGAUUCGAACCCUCCUUCUAUCCUGAUGCCAUGGAUACAGCACCUUCUUAGUUUCUGUAACUUCUUUUCUUUUUCAAACAAGAGGAAAUUCACUGCAUCUCUUCUUUUUUUCUCUCUUUUCGGGGACAACUGCCGAACCGCUUUGGGGAAGAAGAGGCUGUUUCCUCUUCAUCCUCCCAAUUCAACAUCCUCUGCUUUUUGCCAGUUAAGGAUUUGAGUCGUUUUUGGAGAUUCGUGCUUGCCCUUGCUCACCAGGACUGGAUCAUGGGGACGUCCUUGUUUGAAUGUUAUGGAGAUGUUUGGGAGGUGCUGGUCCUGAAGAGGAGGACAGGAGGAAUCAACCUGCUGCUCUUCUGUCUGCUGGCUGCUCACACCUCAGCACAUGGGUAUGAGGGCUCCUCGUCAUCAUCUUCCUCAUUAAGUCCUGGACGUUUUGUGGACUUUACAUUCACCCAGGAGCCUCAGGACACUGUGACUGUGCGAGGCGGCGUGCUGCAACUCGACUGCCGAGCCCACUCAGACAUGGCGACCGGAAGCCCCACCAUCACAUGGCGGAAGGAUGGCGUGCUACUCAGUGCCUUGGUGGAUGAUCGGCGGCAGGAGAUGUCCAAUGGAUCGCUGCUGGUUGAGAAUAUUGUACACUCACGACACCACCGUCCUGAUGAAGGGGAGUACCAGUGCCUUGCCACACUGGACGGCCUUGGAAGUAUUGUGAGCCGGAUCGCUAAAGUCACUGUGGCAGGUCCACUAAGGGUAGUCGUCCCCACCGAGUCCGUCUCAUCCUAUCUUGGUGAUACAGCGUUGCUCCGUUGUGAGGUCUUAGGAGAACCGACGCCCGUCAUACGCUGGCAGAAAAAUCGAGACGAUUUGCCGUUGACUUUUGACUCCACUUCUCGCCUGGCGGUGCUGCCGUCCGGCUGCCUGCAGAUCAGCCGUGUCCAGCCCCCGGACUCGGCCACAUAUCGUUGCUUGGCUGACAACCCCGGUAGCACACGGACCGGGACAGACGCCGAGCUGCGGGUUCUCCCAGAGCCUGGUUUGAACCGAAACUUGCAGUUUCUCCAACGUCCUUUGAGGGUGACCGCUGUGCUGGGAACUGAUGCUGUGCUGGAAUGUUCCACUUCUGGAUACCCUACUCCAAGCAUUCUGUGGCGAAGAGGAGAAGAAGUGAUCCAGACUCGGAAUAAGAAGCAUUCUUUGUUGGCGGGAAGCAAUCUCAUCAUCAGGAGCGUGACUGUCGAUGACUCCGGCAGUUAUAGCUGUACAGCUACCAACAAGAACAACAACAUCACUGCAAGUGCAGAACUGAGUGUGCUCGUUCCGCCUCAGUUCCUCAACUAUCCAACCAACACAUAUGCCUACGAAUCCACCGACAUCGAGCUGGAGUGUGCAGUGACAGGAAACCCAGCACCGACCAUCCGCUGGUUAAAGAAUGGAGAGGAAGUUAUCCCUAGUGACUACUUUCAAAUAGUGGAUGGCAGUAACCUGCAGAUUUUGGGUUUGGUCAAGUCAGAUGAAGGAUUUUAUCAGUGUGUGGCAGAGAACAUCGCUGGCAGCUCACAGGCGAUGGCUCAACUGUUGCUUCGAGAACCAGAAGCCACACCCACUCAGUACAGGCCCGCCCACACGCCCACUACCCCCCGCCCACCUCCUGCUCCACCUGCUCCUUCUGGCACCCCUUUGACUUACUCCUCCUCCUCUGAUCCCCCACCAGUGUCCCCCAGCCCAGGCGUUGCCCUCCCCUCUGCCCCCCGUGACCUGGUCCCUGUCCUAGUGUCCAGUCGAUUUGUUCGACUCAGCUGGCGCCCCCCAGAGGAGACUGGAGGAUCUAUACAAACAUAUGGCGUUUACUACUCCCAGGAGGGCAUUGAAAGGGAGAGGUCGGUAAACGUGUCAGAGCCCGAGUCUUUGGAGCUGACUGUUUCCAACCUGAAGCCUGAGGAGAGCUACAGCUUCAGAGUCAUGGCUUACAAUGACGUCGGACCAGGAGAAAGCUCCACUCUCUUGACGAUCACAACCAAACCAGAUCUCCAGGUUCCCAACAGGAUAGAGUCACUUCGUGCUGAAGCUCUUUCUCCAACUUCCAUCCAGAUCAACUGGGAGCCUCCCAGUGCCCCUAAUGGACCCAUCCUAAACUACAGGGUUCUAUGGACCGAGAGUUUAUCAAGCAAGGAACAGAUUCUCAACAUCAGUGGACUCAACUACAAGAUGGAGGGACUCAAUAAGUUCACACAGUAUGUGGUGUGGGUUUCGGCUGUCAACCGCUUUGGAUCUGGACCCACCUCAGAGAGCAUCAUUGUCACCACCCAUUCAGAUGUGCCUAAUGCUCCUCCUCAGAACAUCACCUUAGAAGUUGUGCUGUCAAGGAGCAUAAAGGUGUCAUGGCAGCCACCUCCACGCGGCGCACAGAACGGCAUCAUCAGCGCUUACAAAAUCAAAUACAGGAAGACCGGUCGCCGUGGGGACCAGGAGGCCAUUGAACCAAACAACCUCUGGUAUUUGUUCACAGGUCUUGAAAAGGGCAGUCAGUACAGUUUUCAGGUAUCAGCCAUGACCACCAACGGAACAGGUCCAGCCAGCGACUGGUAUACCGCCGAGACACCCGAGAAUGAUCUAGAUGAGAGUCAGGUUCCGGACCAGCCCAGCUCGCUGCAUGUCAGACCACUUCCUAACAGCAUCAUCAUGUCUUGGACUCCUCCAAUCAGUCCCAACAUCCUGGUUCGGGGUUACAUAAUCGGCUAUGGAGUGGGAAGCCCAUAUGCAGACACGGUCCGCGUGGACAGCAAACAGAGAUACUACUCCAUCGAAAACCUGGAGCCGAGCUCGCAUUAUGUGAUCUCCCUGAAGGCCUUCAACAACGCUGGAGAAGGGGUUCCACUGUAUGAGAGUGCUGUCACUCGAUCUCUGACAGACCCCAUAGACCCAUCGGAGGAUGAUCUUUUCCACCUCUUUGAUAAAUACCCCACUCCCAUGCCAGACACCAGCACACCCAUGAUACCCCCAGUGGGGGUACAAGCCGUGGCUCUCUCAUCAGACUCAGUCCGGGUCUCGUGGGCAGACAACUCCAUGACAAAGAACCAGAAGUCAUCCGAGGUCCGCUAUUACUCCGUCAAGUGGAAGACCAGCUAUUCCACCAGCGGCAAGUACAAGUCUGCAGACACCACCGCGCUCAGCCACACAGUAACUGGCCUCAAACCCAACACCAUGUAUGAAUUUGCUGUCAUGGUAACCAAAGGUCGCAAGUCCAGUACCUGGAGUAUGACAGCGCACGCCACCACCUAUGAAGCAGCUCCCAACUCGGCUCCCAAAGACUUGACAGUUAUUGGUAGAGAAGGACGACCCAGAGCCAUUUUAAUCAGCUGGCAACCACCGAUGGAGGCGAAUGGGCGGAUUACAGGUUACAUCCUGUACUAUACUUUGGACAAGAACAUGCCAAUAGACGACUGGGUGAUGGAGACCAUCAGUGGCGACCGGCUGACCCAUCAGGUUGUUGACCUGAACCUUGACACCAUGUAUUACUUCCGUAUCCAGGCUAAGAAUGCCAAAGGAGUAGGCCCGCUGUCCGAACAUGUCCACUUUAAGACAGCCAAAGUGGAGCAUCCAGACAAGAUGGCAAAUGAUCAAGGUCGAGGAGGAGAUCACGCCUACUGGCCAUCUGAUAGCAAUCUGAUUGACAGGAGCAAUAUGAACGAGUCUCCCAUUGGUCAAAUGCAUCCUCCGCACGGCAGCGCCACCCCCCAGAAGAAUAGCAACCUGCUGGUCAUCAUCGUGGUUUCCGUGGGAGCCAUCACCGUGGUCGUGGUGGUCGUCUUGGCCCUCAUCUGUACCCGACGUUCCUCCGCCCAGCAGCGCAAGAAGAGAGCAAGCCACAGUGCUAAUAAGAGGAAGGGUAGCCAGAAGGACCUGAGACCGCCGGACCUCUGGAUCCAUCAUGAGGAGAUGGAGAUGAAGAACAUUGAGAAAGCUCCAAGUGUGGCCCCUUCAGGACACACUUCACCCAUCCAUUCUUGCCAGGACCUCCCCCAGGUCGCCCACAGCCAAUCAGGGAGCCAAAUGGGAAGCAAGAGUAGCCACUCAGGAGCGGAUGGUGAUGAGGCGUCCAGCACUAUUUCGACUUUGGAACGUUCUCUGGCUGCGAGAAGAGGAACGCGGGGCAAAAUGAUGAUUCCUAUGGAUUCCCAACCAAGCAACACGCCUGUGGUCAGCGCCAUCCCAGUACCAACUCUAGAUUCCUCUCAGUAUCCUGGUAUACUUCCUUCCCCUUCCUGCACUUUUACCCACAACAAAUUCAGCUUAAGGCCGAUGCCUUUCUCCAGCCUGACGUUGGACAGAGGAUACACGCAAGUCAUACCCACAGAUGCUUCCACCAACCCUCUUCUUCAGCAACAGUCUCCGCCCCAACAGCCUCCUCCCCUGCUGCCUGGCUCCUCCGCCCCUCCUGGGGAGCACGUUCCAAGCAUUGGCCCUGUUCCUGGGGCCGCUGCCGCCACAACCGCCGUCACUUCAGAGGAAACACAGUCGGGUGCAAGUCGGAACAUACCGACUGCGUGUGUCCGGCCAACCCACCCAUUACGAAGCUUCACCAACCCCCUUUUACCACCGCCAAUGGGGACCAUUGACCCCAAGGUGUACACCUCCAUGUUGCCACAGUCCACGGCAAGCCUUCCAAAGCCUCAGGUGAAGACAGCUUCUUUGGGUCAGGCGGGUAAGGCUCGAUCCCCUCUGCUACCCGUCUCAGUUCCGACAGCACCGGACUUACUAGAGGAAGGAGGAACAAAACCCACAGAGGAUUCAGCUGCCAACGUGUAUGAGCAGGACGACCUUUCGGAGCAGAUGGCUAGUUUAGAGGGGCUGAUGAAGCAGCUCAACGCCAUUACUGGCUCUGCCUUCUAAACCCUUUCUGAUAAGCCAUCAGUCCCCUGAGUACAAACAGUUUUUCAGGCCUCCAUGACUCCGGCAACAGCCGUAGCUUCUUAAGUGUGAAGAUGCCUUUGGGGGCUCGGACCUCCAUCUGCGCUGGAUUGAAAGACAUCACAACUCCAGGAACAGUACGAGGCUUCAUAAGUGGGUUUAUUCUCCCCAGGACUUUUCUAACAGAAACAAAACUAGGGAAAUCCAAUGCCCACCACCCUGAUUUAAGGAAAUGAGAGGAAAAAAAGACCCAAUCGUAAGAACUUUCCUGUUUCUCUUCUUUGUAGUAUUUAUUAACGUUCUCUUCCGCUGAGUUCUACGCAACUCAAUUACUGUGACUGUGCCUCCUUGCCAUUGGGAGUAUUAUUUUCUUUUUUAUGUAAAACAAACCGUUGACACAAUGUGAAUAUGGUUUGAAAGUAGUACAUUUGGUGUGAAAUACACAUCAUCCUCCAGCGUUUCACCAAAACCUUCAGCUUCUCUGGCUUUUAGUUUGCCUGAUGAUGAACCUCAGGCCGACAGUCAUGGGCCGUUUGCCUACAGUCGCUCAUCUUGGGGUGGUUUCAAACCACUCCCAACUCAGACCAUAGAACACCAAACCAGACAAACUUGAUCAACAAGGAUGUGUGUUGUUGCCAAAAUCAUCCAAGGAACCUUCCUUGCCACAUUCCAAACCUGCAUUUCUUCAGUUCCUGGUCGAUUCUGGAUCUUAUGUGAUGACUGGACCUAGGUUUUUUUUUUUCAAAAAACGACAUGAGUGAUGAUGGCGAAGUGUUUAUUUUUUUACUUUGUGUAUUUUCAGUAUAUAGUUGACUUAGGUGGGUGUGUUCUUAAUGGAUUUAUAUUUAUUUUGAAUUAGACAAACCCACAUUGGACCGAUCCCGGUCUUGACUGCCCACAUGGCAACAGUUUACUUUGAGUACAAUUGAUUUUUUGAUGCAAAACAAUAAUACAAAAUCAUGCAUAUUCCACAAAGUGUAUUCUUCCACUUGUUCUGUGCUUUUUCAACACAUUUUCAUCCACACAGAAAACAAAGCUCAGCAUAAAAAGGAAUCAAAUAAAGAACUUUUGUUCUCUUGAAUUUU